AUGACCGUGCAAAAGGUCCUCCGGGUCCAAUUCCACCCCUGUUCGCCUCUUUAUACUCGCACACGAUUCAUGGUGCAAUUUGUUCAUUCUCUGCAACUCCACAAAUCUCUGGAUAUCGAAAUUGUAUUUCUUGAUGAGUUUCCUCUGCCUCGAGAGGAAGAGCCUCUUGAGCAAGCGGAAGAAAAGCCCGACUUGCACCACAGCAAAGCCCAGCCCAGUCCAAAGUAUGCGGCGAACCUGCUUGUGGGCCAGCAUGUCGAUUUCAUCCUUUUUCUCUUGAAGCUUCUUGAGCUCGUUUUUGCACGGGUCAUCUUCAGCAUGGAAAUAACGCCUAAUUUGCCCAUCCUCGAAAUGCAUUUAACCAACCACCAAGUGCAAUCAUUCUCCGAAGGUGGAAGCACAACCAUCAGAGCACCAAAUCAAGAACCCAAUUAA